AUGUCACUCUCGUUCAUCAGCCUGGUGUGUCUUGGUGGUCAGGACAAGCCCUCCCUGUCUGCCUGGCCCAGCCAUGUGGUUCCUCUAGGAGGACAUGUGACACUUCGAUGUCACUCUCAUCUCAGGUUUAACAGGUUCAGGCUGGACAAGGAAGGUGGGGCUCCCAUCCCUGAGAUCAAGGGCAGAACUUUCCAGAACAUGUUCCACAUGGGCCCUGUGACUACAGCACAUGGAGGAACCUACAGGUGUCGUGGUUAUUACCCUUACUCCACUUCUCUGUGGUCAGCACCGAGCAACAUCCUGGUGAUUUUUGUCACAGGUUUCUACAGUAAACCUUCCCUCCUGGCCCUCCCAAGCCCCCUGGUUAAACCAGGAGGGAUGCUCACCCUGCAAUGCUUCUCAAAGAUCGUGUUUCACGCCUUCAUUCUGCACAAAGAGGGGAUAACAGAGAAGCCCUUGGAACUUUUUGGGGAGCUUCAUGAUGGGGGGUCCUGGGCCAACUUCUCUCUGGGACCUAUGAUGCCUGUCCAUGCAGGGACCUUCAGAUGCUAUGGUUUUGACAGGCACUUCUUCUAUCGGUGGUCAACUCCCAGUGACUUCCUGGACAUCGUGAUCACAGGACAAUAUAAGAAACCUUCUCUCUCAGCCCAGCCGGGUCUCAUGGUGAAGUCAGGAGAGAACGUGACCUUGUCUUGUGCAUCUGAGAACUCCUUUGACAUGUACCAUCUAUCCAGGGAGGAGGAGGGCCAUGAACACAGGCUCCCUGCAGUGCAGAGCCACAAAGAAACUUUCCAGGCUGACUUCCCUCUGGGCCCUGCAACCCAUGGAGGGACCUACAGAUGCUAUGGCUUUUUGAAUGGCUCUCGUUAUGAGUGGUCAAAUGCAAGUGACCCGUUGUGCCUUUCUGUCACAGGUGAGAAAACCCUUUAUAUGUUCCAUGUUUUCUUUCUUUUUUAUAAGCCCAGGCACCUGCAUGCUGUGAUUGGAAUUUCAGUGGCCACCAUCCUCUUUGCCAGCCUUCUUUUCUUCCUCUUUCAUGGUUGGUGCUCUGCCAAAAAGAAUACUGCUAUAAUUGAACAAGAGCCAGAGGUGGACAGAACACUCAACAGAGAGGACUCUGAUAGAGGAGACCCACAAGAGGUGAUAUAUGCACAAUUGGAUCAUCAGAUUUCCACACGGAAAAAAGUCACCCACACUUCUAAAAGGCCCAAGGAAUUCUCGACAGAUACCAGUGUGCACACAGAACAUGCAAAAUGA